UUAUGGCCCGUCGAUGGUUGUUGUCACUUUUGGGCUGUUUAUUUUUUUCCGCAGAUGAAUAAUGUUUAUAUGGAUCAAAUAUUGCUAACAGAAGAAAAGCGAGAGCUGUUGUUCGAGUCUGUUUUCUUAAAAGUAACAUCGACUCAUCAGCUGUGAUGUCUCUGCCUCCAGAGAAAGCCUGCGAGCUGAAGCAAAUCAUUCACAACCAUCUGCUCAAGAUGGAUAUCCAUGGGAGAAUCCGAGAGGUGCUGGCAGAGACGGUGAAGGACGACCGAGGUCAAGCCCAUCGACCUCUGUCCGAGGUGGAUUUCCUACAUGCUCUGCAGCGCAGGGGCAUCGUUGACGAUGUGAUGAAGGACCUACACUUUACCAAGGGCGGCCAACGUUUAGAUGCAGAAAUAGGAUCUCCACAAAGACCUGCCACUCACUUUGUGGACCAGAAUGUAACUCAGCUGGAAAGAACCAACAUUGACCCAUCAAGGCGGUACCUCUAUGUCCAGGUACUUGGUGGUAAGGCCUUUCUGGAGCAUCUCCAGGAGCCAGAGCCUUUACCUGGACAGGUGUGUUCUACAUUUACACUCUACCUGCACUUCCGCAACCAGAGGUUUCACUCAAAACCAGUGCCCUGUGCCUGCGACCCAGACCUGAAGGAAGGCUUUCUCUUAGAGAUCCACAGAGAAGGAAUAGGCAGUACAAUGGCUGAUUCGACAACCAUGCUGUCUUUGUGUGACCCGGUUCACUUGGUCCUGAUCAAGACGGACACCUCAAGUGAGACGACGCUGGUCUCAUCCUACUUCCUGGACUGGAGGACAGUUCUCGGCUCACCCAAUGGGAAGACCUGCAUUGCUGCGGAGCUGAUGGGAGUAGGGAGUGAAUGUAAAGUUCCAGCUGGUGUUUUGACCGUCAGUCUGGAGCUCUACCCUCCUCUCACAGAGACUCUGGGCAGUGACAUCAUCAGCACACAGCGGUCACUGGAGAGGCAGAGGACGGCAGAGAAAGAGAGACUCUUUUUGGUUUAUGCCAAACAGUGGUGGAGGGAGUUUCUUGAAAUACGGCCAUCAAACCAAUCCAAGAUGGUCAAGAUCUUUGCACAGGAUGAGAAUGGCAUCAACAGGCCGGUGUGUUCCUAUGUGCGCGUCCUCCGGGCGGGCCGGCUGCUGGAGAGCCCUCGACAGGCGGCCCGCUUCGUCAGCCUCCUGACCCACGAGAAGGCCCCGGUGGUCGGCGGAGGUGGUGGGAAACAGGAGCAGUGGUGCACGUUAAUGGCUUUCCUGUGUCGCGGGAAGGGCGACUGUGAGGACCAUGCCACCCUCCUGUGCAGCCUCCUGCUGGGCUUUGGCCUGGACGCUUAUGUGUGUGUGGGAACUAAAAACAGGGGAACUCCACACACCUGGGUCCUGACCCGCGGAACCGAUGGGAGCAUCACUUUCUGGGAAAGUCUGACAGCACAUAGAUACCUGCACCAGGCCAUAGACCCUGAUGCCCCGCCCCUGGCCCCCCAGCCCAAACCCUCCUCCCCCUACAGGACUGUCGGCUGCGUCUUCAACCACCAGACCUUCCUGGCCAACUGCCAGCCAUCGGACUCUGUGGAGCUCUGCGUCUUUGACCUGCAGAAUCAGUCUCGGUGGAAGGCGAUGAGCGAAGAGGCUCUGAAGUCCGUCUGUGCUCCAGGCUCCACCACCUCUCUGCCCCCCCUGCCCCCUCUCUGUGCCCCGUCCCUGGAUCCUGCUGCUGCCAGCAACCAGCUGGAGCUGGAGAUGCGCUUCCUGAUCUCAGAGCACAGGAAGGACCUGGAGCUGGCAACAGUUUGGGAUGACCACCUAUCCUACCUUCUGUCCUCUGCACUGUCAGCCUACGAGCUGGAGCGCUGCACCGGCGUCUCCUGUGGCAACGAGGAGUUCCAGGAUGCGGUGAGGAGGGCAGUCCCAGAUGGACACACCUUCAAAGGCUUCCCCAUCCACUUCCUGCACCGCAAUGCUCGUCGAGCCUUUGCCACCUGCCUCAGGUCUUCAGUCUGUGAGGAGAUAGUGUGUUGUCGUGGCGACCAUGUGAGGCUCGCGGUCCGUGUUCGGGUGUUUGCCUUUCCAGAGAACGCAUGUGCAGUGUGGCUCAUGUUUGCAUGUAAAUACCGCUCAGUGCUCUGACCAACACACAGGUGGAACUCAAAAACUACCUCUGAACAUUUUUCACACCUUUUUAGAUUUAGAUUUGUACAAAGCACAUGAAAUUAUCCGGACCAACGGGGAGGCUGCGUUCAGAAGUUGUACUCCCUGUGAAUGUCUACAGACGUGUUACUGUAGUGAUUUAUUUUCCAACCUCUUCAUUUGUACAGACAUUUAAACACAGAGUUGUAUUUAUAUUUAUAUCUUUUGUAAAUAAAUGGAACUUUGAUUA